AGUGACACAAAAAUGGAAAUGGAGACUUCUGCCUUUGUGAAUGACAGCUUGAUUUGGUUUGGUUUCCGCUGUGCUAUUGUGGCUUUCGCUAGUUUUUGGAGUUUAUAUUAAAAAUCUACUUAUGAUGUCUAUUUCAACUGCUACAGAUGACCGCACUGAAGGAGAUGAUGAUACAUCACAAGGAAGCCAACCUAAAGGUGAAAGCAGUGAAUCAGAAAAUGAGAAUGAAAAUGACAAUGAUAAUGAAACACAGAACCAGAAUGGAGGAGGUGGAAUAAGCCCAGAAGUUCAUGAGAUUACUAGUGAUGAUGAAAUAGUUACCAAUGAUGAUGAAUCUUCUAAUUCUAGUACUGAAUCCAAUGAUAGCUCAGAAGAUUCACAACAAAGUAAUAGAGAUAGAGAUAAAACUAAAGAUGAAGAUCCAAUGGAAAAUGGGGAGGAAUCAGAUAUUGAAGAAGUUAAUAUGGAGGAUCCCCUAAACCAAGUUCAAAACAAAAAUAAACCUAUUGUUAUAAACGAUACAAAGAACUUGGCAGAUCUUGCUUCAAAACAGAGCACUUCUAAUGGUGAUGACACAAAUAAAGAACCAACGGUUGUGAUAAUUGAUACCAAUUCUAUUCUUUCUGGAAAAGGUCCUGCCCCUGCAUCUAAUAAAAUAAAUUCUGGGAGUAUUGAUGCACAAAAUCUUUGUCAAAGUAUUGCUGCAAGAGGUACAACAAUAACACCCAUCAGCAGUAAGAAUAGUAAUUCUAAGGCUAAUCAAAACAGCACUUCAACUUCACAAGCAAACAUACUUCCAUCUCUGACAGAUGACAUGUUUGUUGUUGAAGCUCCAUCAUUUAUUGUACCUUAUGUUUAUGAGAAACCUUCAUUAAAACCAUUUAGAGAAUUUGUUGAUAAAUUAGGAAAAGAAUUAGAAGAUUUAAAGGCUAAAGAGGACGAAGAAAGAUUAGAAAAAGAGAAGACAGAAAAAGAACAAAGAGACAAGGAGAGAAAGGAAAAAAUAGAAAAAGGUGAAACUGUAGAAGAUGAGGAAGUUGAUAAAGAAGAAAAAAAAGUUGAAGAGGGUAAGGAGAAGGUUGCAAAGAAACAGCGACGGGGACGAAGAAAUGAUGACGAUGAUGACUCUUGGGAUGGGGAAUCCUCUAGUGAGUCUGAUGAUGUUGCUAGUGAUGACGACACUGUAGUGAUUAAGGAUAAAGACACUACAGAUGAUAUUAAGGAUCCUAUGGAAAUUAUAACUAAAGGUUCAAGUGGAAAAUCUGAUAGUUACUUUGACUGUUCACUUGGACAAUUCUUUAUUAAUAUUGGAAUUAACCUUGUGCAAGAAUAUGUGCAAAGUGACUUAUUAAAAACGCAAAAUCGUAAACUAUACAAAGAGAAGAAGUCUGGUCGUAGCACUCGUGCCACAGAAGCAGCUAUAUCAUCUCUAACUCAAAAUUAUGCAUACAGUAAGAAACUUAAUGCUCCUUAUGCCUUAAAACAAAAGCAAUGUGAAUUUUGUAGUUUUAAAACAGAAUCUAUACUUGUUAUGUCACAUCAUUUAGAAGCACCACACAUGAAGAACAAUAUUUACAAAUGUAAUACUUGUUCCUUUGAAAUAAGAAGCCCUCAUGAUAUACUGUUUCAUAUGGAGGCUGAACAUAACAUUAGAGGUCGAUUAGAAAGAGCUCCUGCUUACCAGCAAUGCCCAAGCUGCCACUUUGAAGACAACAGCAAAACUAAAUUAGCUCGCCACCUUAUUGCCUGUGCUAAAAAGUUCAAGCCAGAAUUUAAUCUGGGACCACCAUUAGAUUGGGAGCCACCAGCCAAAAUACCAAAGUUGUCCAGAGCUCGAAAUAAUAUGAUGGCCCCAUAUCAAUCAAACUUUAAUCGUACACAAAUCGGUUUGAGUCCUUUGGGACGCCCACCACUAAGCAUAUCUAAUUCAGUUAUACCUAAUAUGCCAAUACUUGGUAGACCAAGAGGACGCCCCCCUCUAGGAGGUCCUUCACCACGAGCUGCUGUCUCAGGAGUGCCUAUUAUUAGAAGUGGAGUUAUGAUUAUGCAUAAUAAUCAACCAAGUGGGACCACAAUUUCCAAUUAUCCAGUAAUGAACAACCAAGGAAAUCAUUCUGCAACUCCAAAAAUAUCAAUCACUCCUCUUCCACGGGUUCCACAGCCGUCAUCAUCAAACUCAUCACAGAAUUCAAAAGCUCACUUUGUUAUUUGUGAAAUUUGUGAUGGAUACAUCAAAGACUUGGAACAGUUAAGAAAUCACAUGCAGUGGAUUCAUAAAGUCAAGAUACACCCUAAAAUGAUCUAUAAUCGGCCUCCCCUUAAUUGCCAGAAAUGCCAGUUUCGGUUCUUUACUGACCAAGGAUUGGAAAGACACUUGUUGGGUUCACAUGGACUUGUAACAAGUUCCAUGCAAGAAGCUGCCAACAAAGGCAAAGAUGCAGGUAGGUGCCCUGUGUGUGGGAGAGUGUACCAGUGGAAGUUACUGAACCAUGUUGCAAGAGAUCACAACAUGACUCUAAAACCAGCUCAUCUAUCAUACAAAUGCACUGUAUGCACUGCAACAUUUGGAAUGUACAAGCAGUUUGAGAACCAUGUUUAUUCAGCACACAGUGUGGUGGCCAAACGAGUCAUAGAAAAAAACAAAGGUGCUCCAGCCCCCUCAAAGCCCACCGAUAAUGACUCAUUGCUCAAACCCCUAAAGAUCAGUGAUGAGAUAACAAUUAUACCUCAACCUGCCAAGUCUGGUAUUACUAUAACUGCAAAGGGGAAAUAGCACUAACAAAUGCAACUUAUGUGAAACUACCUAAAUAUAUAAAUUCUUUCCCAUUUGCUUCUCAGCCAUGCACUUUUGCAAGAUCAGGCAGUAUUUUGUAAAUAACCUGAUAUAAGCAUCUUACACAUAGAAUUGAAACAGAGUAUAUUGAUAACUUAAGUUGUCAAGUAAAUAUAAAUGUUAUUUUUAAAUAACAAAAAAGUAAGUUGUAAAUCAGUGUAUAAAUUAAUUAUUGUAAGAUCAUCAAUAUUUUGUGACCUUUGUAUUGUUCAAAUCAUUUUCCUACUGUGUAUUGUGCAUUUGUGACUAGUGGGGCAUCUCAUAAUUUUAAUGUAUGUCACAAAUAAUAAAAGCAAUUUCACUAAGAUCUGCAUCAACACUAUAUGUAGUGGAUGAUUGUGCAAGUUAGAUAUUAGAUUUGAUAACGAUUAUUAAGUAAUAUUAUUAUUUAUUUGCUUACUCAUGUAUAAUCCGUGACUAUAGUAAAUUAUUCUCUUUUAAAUUUAUUAGUUUUUCACAAAACAGCUGAUUGAAAUGUAAAAUUGAUAGAAUGAAAUUAAUCCAGAUGCUAAUUCAAUUAUGAUUACGUAAGGUAUUAAUUAAGUUAGUAGAUAAUUAAGUAAUUAUUACAUAUUGUGUACUAUUUGGGUUUCUUUAUUCUUUAAACCUUCUCCUCAUUCUUUUGAAAUUUUGUUAAAUCAAAUAGCUACCAGUUUUGUUGUUCUGAUCUCAGGUUAGUCUGAAGUGUUCUGAGUAUAUAUAUAUAUACUAAAUUUUUGUUGUACUUAUAGAACGAAAUUUAGAUAUAAUUGUAUUCUUUCUAUUUUAAUGUAAAGAUGUAUGUUCACACGUUUCCGAAGGGUUUUGUAAGGAUAAUAUGUUAGAAAUAAAGUUAUGGAAGUAAAUAAUGUGAAAUGUUGCGAAA